AUGGACGAGCGCACGGCCGCGAGGAGCGCGCCGCUGGAUGUGCCGCGCCGGCACAAGGGCGCCGAGGCGCGCGCACUGCUCGCACGCGCCGCGGAGCAUGCGCGCCGCGGCGACGCACGGGCGGCGCUCUCGGGCGUGCGCGACGCGCUGCGGCUCAUGCCCCAGAGUGCCGAGCACCUCGUCGGCGCCGCCGAAGUAUUCUACCUGACGCACUACCCCGACAAGGCGCACCGCGUGCUGCGCGCUGCCGAAAAGUGCGCUCCGAGUGCCGCGCUGCAGGCGCACAUUGCAGCGCUGCGACGAGGCGCGCCUGAUACCAACGAUACCCUUGCGCUGCCCGCCGAGACGUACCUCCGGAUCUUUGCGCAGCUCGAUCUCGACUCGCUGCACAGUGCCGCGGCCGUAUGUAGACAGUGGCGGGGAUGGAUCUGUGCACACAGCGCGCUGUGGCACAGCAUCGUCGUCGGCCGCCCCGCGCCGAGCUCGGUGCCCCCCAAGGUGCGCCUCCAGCGGCAGAGCGCGCUGCUGGGCCUGUAUGUGCGCCGCGCGAAGCGGCACCUGCAGCGUGUGACGCUCGCGGCGCCGCUCGCGGACGCAGACACCGCGCUGCGCCUGCUGCACGACGCGCCGCUGAAAGAGCUGACGGUGCACUGUGCGUACGAAAAAGCCGGCGCGUGGAUCGCGUUUGGCCUCGCGUGCCCUGCGCUCGCGUCGCUCGCGGUGCAUGCAGGCGGCGCACAGACCCACCCGUGGCUGGGGCGGCCGCUCGACAUGCGCGGCGCGCAGUGCGCGCUAACGCGCCUCGCGCUGCACGGCACGCCGCCGCUCGCGAGCGACGAGGCGACGCUGCGUGUCUGCGCCCACCUCACGCACCUCGCGUACAGCGCGCCGGCGUGUGCCGCGCCACUCCGCACCGUGCGCGAGCGAAGCGCGGCGGCGGUGCAGACCAUUGUGCACGCCGCGCAAAGCACGCUCGAGGAGCUGUGCCUCGACGGCGACGCGAUCUGGGCGAUUGAUGCGUUUGCCGAUGCGCCGCAGCUGCCGCAGGCCGGCAUCGCGCGCUUUCCAAGGCUGCAUACGCUCCAAGCGCCGCUCAAGUGCAUGGUCCUGCACUCGCUGCCCGAAGUCGCGCUCGGCUCGCUCAUGCCUCGGCUCAGCUCGCUGGCCCUGCAGGUGUCGCUCCCCCGCACGCCGGGCGGCACGAGUGCGGCGCUGCUGCAGUUUGCGUGUGCGACGCGUGCGUCGCUCAAGCACGUCGCGCUGCGCAUCACGCGCGACUCGGCGACGUGGCUCGUCGAGUGCUUGCUGCGCGUCUGGGUGCACCUCGAGUCGGUGUCGGUGACGUGGGACGAGGCCGUGCACACCGAUUCGGCGCUGCUCGAGUCGGCAGAAGAGACGCUCCAGCGCCCCCUGACCGGCGCGCUGCUUGUCCAGCUGCUCACGCCCGGCGCGCUGCAUGGGCGCGAGCACGUCCUGUGCCCGGCGCUGCACACGCUCACGGUCGGCAGCGAGGCGACGCUGCGUGGCCGCGAGCUGGCGGAGCUCGUGGGGAUGCGCACGCUUCUCGCCCAAAAGUGCUCGGUGCGCGCGGCGCGGCAUGCGCUCUUUGCCCAAAAGAGCCUUGUAGGCGAGCCGGACCUCGACACGGCGCCCGCGCGCAAGCUCGAUACGCUCGACGUGCGGGGCUGCCGCGAGCUGCAGCCGGAUACGCUCCCGUUCCUACGGCAGCACUGCACCGUGCACUGGUCGGCACACGAGGCGGAGCGUGCACGGCAUGCGACACGCGCGCCCCGAACGGCGCGCGAUCGACUUGCUAGCUAUCGAUAG